AUGCCACCAAUAUCAGACGAGUGGGAGCUUCCACGCCUGCGUAGCUCAUUUCAGCUGCACGAAGAUGCCGUGAGGGACGAGGAUCUCGCCGAGUUCUUCGACGUCAAAUUCUACCCCUACAACCCACCAGGCGCACCCCCAGUGUUCGCGGCCACAAGCAAGAAGCAUGUCGUCGUCGUCCGCAUGGUGCCAACCACAGACAAGGACCAGAACCCUUGCAAAGUCAUCCAAAUGAUCAGAGAUGCCGACUCAGGCGCCAACAACUACACGUGCUGUUGGUCCAAGGAUUCAGACACGGAAGAUCCCUGGCUGUGUGUGGCCGGCAAAGAUGCCAAGAUCAAGGUGUACGAUAUCAGGAGAGGAAAGCUCGUCAAGACGCUGGUCGGUCACGGCGGCGACAUCAGCGAUCUUGCGACCUCUCCAGCGUGUCCUACUACCAUAGCCUCUGCUUCAGACGACACGACUAUUAAGCUUUGGAGUCUGGCAAAGGAACAUGACAAGCAGCCGUGUAUCUGCAUUUUGGGAGGCGAGGGGCAUCAAUACAACUUGCUGACUGUGGCGUUUCACAACAAUGGAAGAUAUGUCUUGUCUGCCGGGCAUGAUCAGAUUAUCAAUCUUGUGAGUUCACUUCUCCCGUCACCAUAUCUUCUCACUUUUCAUCGACAGCGCAUCACUAACAUCCACCAGUGGGCCCUCCCCGAGUUCCCAAAGGAACACAUCAACGUUCCCAUCGUCCUCCACUACCCUCAUUUCUCCUCCUCCGAAGUCCACAACAAUCUCGUCGACUGCGUAGCCUUCUAUGGCGACUUGAUCCUCUCCCGCGCCUGCCACGAAGACACCAUCGUCCUCUGGCGAAUUGAAGGUUUCUCCUCCUCCGAUCCUAUCCCCGGCCCCCUUGACGCUCCCACACCAACCGACAUGGCCAAGCAAACCCGGUCAUACUUCAACCCUAUCCCUUCCAAAGCCCGCCCGGCCAUGUUCACCCGUCUAGCGCAAUUCCACACCCCUGAUUGCGGUGUCCAGUUCUAUAUGCGCUUCCGAAUGUUCCACGCCGAGGGGAGGCAUCCCAUCUUGGCAUUUGCCAAUGCAAAGAGCAAGACCAUGUUUUGGGACUUUUCACGGUUUGGGGCGUAUAGGGAUUUUAUGGAGGAGUUGGAAGCAGCCAGAAAGUCGGGGAGUGGACAGGUGGUGCAGAAGCCGAGUUGGCUGUUGAUCAAGAGAGCGAAGAAGGGGACCGCCGCGCCGGCGCACCAGGAUGCGGCGGCUAGUUUGAGGGCUGCUGCUGGGGAUAAGGAGUCGAUGGUUUCGGCUAGUCCCGACCCGGAGGGAGGCGGGAGUGCGAUGGCAACGCUGGGGAAUUAUAAUCAGGAUACGCUGAAUCACUGGAAGGAGAUGUAUGACUUGUCGAACCCGGCGGGUUUGAUCAGGCCGCACAAGGUGCAGGGGGUGGACGGUUCGUUUGUGGGGAGGCAGGUGGGUUGGAGUCCGGGAGGGGAAUGGUGUGUGGUGGUGGGGAAUAAGAAUAGGGCUUUGAUUUACCAGCGGGGGGCUAGGGAGAAGGGGGUUGCGACGCCUGUUACCUAG